AUGGCUGUCUUGCUAUUCAAAGCAUUCACCGCUGUACUGCUGAUGUCAUUUGGAUUUUCCAUGGUUCAUGGAUAUUCGUUGACUGUAUUGCACACGAACGACCAUCAUGGCCGAUUCGAAGAAACAGACACCAGCGGUGGCCUUUGCUUCCCGAGAUUGGCAAAAGCAGGAGAGUGUUUUGGUGGAGUGGCGAGGAGAGCCACUAUGAUAAAAAAGAUUCGAGCGGAGGAGAAAAACGUGCUGCUUCUCUCUGGCGGAGACGUGUUUACGGGAACGCUGUGGUAUCUAGCCUAUCGUGGAAAUGCUUCAAGGAAAUUCAUGAAUGAACUUGGAUACGACGCCAUGGUAUACAGUUUUUUUUCCACUUUAAUUCAUACCGGUUUAAAUAACAUGAUUAGUGAGCCGAGGCCUGUCAUCGAUCGAGGACAUCGAUUCACGCAAGUUGUCGUGAGUGCCCUUUGCACCUGUGCUAGAAUUUUAGCGGGGACGUUUGUUCACAAAUACUUUCCAAAAAGGCAGAAUUUGUAGGUUAUGAAUUACGCGGUCGCUAAUCACAGAGUUUCUUAAACAAAACUGGACUGAGUGAACUCGAGUUUUAAGCCCACCCCAGUCCCUCAGAAACUCUUUACCAACGGUUGCUAGUAAUCCGGACUGCCAGUCUUUUGACGAUGGGCAGGCGAUGCAAAGUUUCCUAUUGAGAAAAGGAGCUAGGAUAAGAGACUCCAAGAGACUCCCAAAACACACCCUGUCUCCCUCGCGUCUCGUUCUCGUUCUCGUUCCAAAUCUCUAAAUUUUUGCACAGAGCAGACCACCGGAAAUCGAAGAAGUCCUGGUAAGAGCAUGGAAGAAAAUACACCGUCGACCUGCUCCAGUCCAUGUAAAGAACUAAGCAUUCUAUAGAUACUUCCAGUAUUACUUAAAAUCUCUUGGUGAUUGCACAAGAUCUUGAACACUCCUGUCCCGAACCCAGAACAAGAACAAGACGCUAUUUCUUAAUUUUUAUUUCCUGCUCGCUUGUCGAACUAAGCUGAGAAGAAAAAGGGCUGCUCGUAAACUAAUCUCCUUUUCCCUUUCUGUUAGGCCCUCGGAAAUCACGAAUUUGACGACGGUGUUGACAAUCUCGUUGCCUUCCUAAAAGCUGUGAAUUUCUCCGUUGUGGUUUCAAACUUGAAUGUCUCCUUGGAGCCGAGCUGGCCUAAGUCGCCUCCACUCUUUGUUAGGUCAAAGGUCUUUGACGUUGGAGGCGAAAAAAUUGGAAUUGUGGGAUAUGUACUGCAAAAAACGCCAAAGUGAGCAAAUGUUCUAAUAACUUGCAUAGCUGGCGGAAUUAUGCGCGCAAGUGCUUUAUAUUAAAACAAGUAGAGAAUUCCUGAAGGGCUCAGUACGCUCAGAGUCAAGAGAUGAUGAUUCAUCAAGUGACUGCGAGAAGGCCCUUAUAAUUGUCGCUUCGGCAAGAGUGUUUCUUCGCCCGCGGGAAAGUACGAGGCUAAGAGUAACACGAGUCGGCGAGAGGUCUGGUAAGGUACUAGCAUUCAUUAUUAGUGCCAGACCCUUAGCAAACGUCUGCCCGACUCGUCUAAAAUCUUCCCGGGGUCGGAAAAACGCGCGUCUUUCAACGAUAAUAAUGAUUGCACACAGGCUAUCUCAUACACAACAUUUGUAGCCAAGAGAUGGUUUUCAGUCAACCUACAGGACUGGUAUCGUUUAAUGUACGAAAUGAGCAAGACCAAAGCCAGGAAGUAGUAAACCAGGCAAAUAAAUGAAAACGCAAAUGAGUAAAUAAAUAAUAUAAUUAAGCAGAGCAAAGAUUUAGAGCCCUUUUGUUGCGAACGUGGUCUUCUUGCAGAAUGGUAAUGUCACAGCUUUGACUUAUUAUUGACUGAGAAGUUAACUGCACGUGAAAUUAGGAAAAAGAACACAACACUCUCCUGUCAUUCGUUGGAAUAUCUUAGUUGGCAUGUAGCGUAACGCAGUGGCUAAUUAAGGUUGCUACGCUAACGAUAAGAAGCAGAAGACUAGUUGCUUCAGGGAAGAAGAAUGUUGUUUUAUGCAUUCUCAAAUUUGUUCAUGUUUUAUACACUAUCCAUCAUAUUAAGAAAAAACACACGAACUAAGGAAACACCUUCAUUGACAUUUUUCCUAAGAUACAUUUUUUACAUCUGUCUAUGAAAGGGUUUCCAAACCUGGCCCAGGACCAAACGUGAAAUUUCUACCCGAGGUAGAAUCACUCAAGAGUGCUGUGCAGGAGCUAAAAAAGCAGAACAUCAAUAAGAUCAUUGCUGUGGGCCACUCUGGUAUUGAUAUGGAUAAGAAAAUUGCUAAAGAAGUGGAUGGAGUCGACAUAGUGGUGGGUGGACAUACUAACACCUUCCUUUACACAGGUAAUAGUCGUAUUAGAACCAAACAUUUAGAAUUAUAGAUUUCCUUUGUUCUGUAAAUUAUGUGAUAUUUAUUACUAAGAUCUCGCCAAGAAAUAAGUGUUAUCGCUCUAGGAAUUCUAUUCAAUUGUAUCUUCCAUUUUGGUAGACAUCGAAUUUCGACGCUGCCGCGAAAGGGCAGCAAGCAUCGUGGUAUAACUAAUUUCCAGCUUCAUAUAUUUCCGCUACAUCCAAUGGCUCAAUUCCAUUCCAGAUGGAGAUGAGGGGGGGAGGAGGUAUGAAAUUUUUCAUACCUCUUGUAAGGCUCUGUAAUAUUCUUCUGAUACCCUCACUGACAGUCAAUUCAGUGGCACUCAAUUUUCUAUAGUCCCCUCGGCUUUAUAUACUCUGUCGGCGACGACUGAUGCCCUGAAAACUAUGUUCUCCCUCAAAAUCCUCCACCCCUCCCCCUCUGAGGCGUUAAAUAAAGACUGAUUCCUGAACUUCUCGCAUGAAUCUGUUCGAUUUCUUCCUACUAUGCAACAUUUUAGGUACCCCACCCUCCACGCAAAAGCCCUACGGCCCGUAUCCUCUAGUGAUUACGCCAGACAGUGACCCUGAUGGUAAAGUGCUGGUUGUUCAAGAUUAUAAGUACGGUAAAUAUCUAGGACGUUUAAACGUCGAGUUUGAUGGUGAUGGUAAACUUACCUCCUGGAAUGGGAAUCCCAUAAUACUAAACAACUCGGUAGGGAAGGAUCCAACAAUAGAGCGAGAAGUUCAACAGAUGAAGGCUAAAGUGACCGAACUUGUUGACGUGAGUAUCAAUUCUUGUUUAUGAGCUUCAUAAGUCAGUAUCAGAGGGAGCUGCCAGGUUUAAAGCUUGGAUUUCAAUUCGCUGUGCAAACCUGGAAUCUGUCUGGAUUUAAAAAAAAGAAAAAGAAAUAAAGACGGAUAAAAAAAUACUAAAAAAAUUAAACUCCGAAAAACGUAACGACUCAAAAUGAGGUGAGAUGAUUUCUCAUCUUAUCACGAACGCGAGACAAAGAAAAACUUUUUGAAACCCUAUUAGGAGUCGAUACUUAAACCUCUGGAUUCCGCUCGCCUACGGUCCUCCAUUAAUGAGCUACAGGGAAAUUUUCAGUGAGUUAGGCCAUUACCAGGUUCAUGUGUGACACGUUUCUUGCAGCCUGCUUGGACUAAAAAAAUCACUUCAUGAGGACUUUUUUGAACAGGCCACGUAAGCUCUUCAUUUUACAUAAAUACGAGAUAACGCAAAAAAAAAAAGAAAAAAACGUUUUUACAAUUUAGUUUCAAGUGGGCACGAGUUUCGUCUUCCUCAACGCUGAAAAACCAGACUGUCUGUUGAAAGAAUGCAAUUUGGGUAACCUUUUUACGGAUGCCUUUGUUUUCCACUACGCUAACCUGACUGCCAGUGAAACUCAGUGGACUGAAGCGAGUAUUGCACUUCAGAAUAGUGGCAGCAUUACAGCAUCAAUGUUCGUCAGUGCUCAAGGUAAAAGUCAACCUGACCUCGUUCCCAGGGUCCUCUCUCUUCUUUUGGCGAGAAAAUACUUUCUCGAGAGAGGACCCUUGGAACGAGGCUGAGUAAGAGUAUGUUUAUUAAGAGAAAGGGGGAGAGGUGGUUGUCAUUCCAUGCUCGUAAUUGCGUCACAAAAUAAGAGAGUAUCUACCCGACGGAGCAGAUUUUAAGUUGAAGAAACGUUUUCUUCGCAGAACCGGUUUAGGAUCUAAUCAAAGUUACCUUUCUCAAAAUAUAUGUCUAACAAGUAUUAAGGUACUUAAGUACCUCUAAGGUACUGUACAAGGUACUUUUCUUGAAUAUUUCGAAGGGGAAUAAUUUCGAGAGAAGAAAACUACGAGGAAUGUAAGGAAAGGAAAUUAAAAAUAAAAUCAUAUUAUUUACAGCCAGAUACUUUCAGUAUUCACAAACUGACACGAGUUCGGUUAAUUUCAUGCAUAGAGAUCUUUCAACUAAUUUUUUUUCCCGCUUAUAUUUCUCCCACCCAGAAGCUGUCACUUACGGUUACGUUGUGAACAGCUUCCCGUAUAGAAAUACUGUCGAUAUUGUGGAACUCACGGGCAAGGAUCUUACGCUGGUCUUCGAACAAGUAGCUACAUUGUACGAUAAAAACGACCCCAGCAAUUCAUUUCUCCAAGUCUCAGGUAAUUGUGUGCUUUUUUUUUCAAGUUUAAACAUCAUUUGGGUUAAUUUCAAUCGAAAGCCAGGAAUCGCAUCGAGUAUGCUUUGCUUCGCCCUCCGAUUGGUCCAGAAAACUCGUGCCGCCCUUUCAACCAAUCAGAUGCAAAACUUAAAGCAGCCGCAACUUGGACACCCGCGUUUUCCCGCGCUUCUAAUUGUUUGAUAUUAUUUGGCUCUUCUAUUCUGAUUGGGCAUUGUGUUUGAUCAGGUUUUGGUUUGCAAGAACUCGUCGAUGGGCGAGUAGAACGUAGUUAAAUGAAGGCAAUAAAUUUUGACUGCUAAAUAACGUUGCCUACGGUGAUGCAUGCUCCAGAAAGGGGUUCAAUAAACUUUUUCUCACUGCUUUCUAGGACUCAAAGUAAAGUACGACAUGAAAAAGCCUGAAGGUAGCCGAGUCGUAGAAAUCCAGGUCCGCUGUGCUUCCUGUAGAUUCCCUUCCUAUCAACCAAUAGUCCUGUCCACUGUUUACAAAGUGAUCCUCUCGUCCUACAUUGUCCGAGGUGGAGCGGGUCUGACUGCCAUUGACGAGAAGAAACUUUCUCAUCAAGUUGGUGACAUUACCGUCGACAGAGUGAUUGCAAACUAUUUCAAGGCAAAAUCGCCCAUUAUGACAGGCGUAGAGGGCAGGAUAACUUUUAUGAACGACAAUGACGACAAGCUGUGUGUGAAUGGGGUGAACACGUUCGGAUUGCGUUUCCCUCUGCUAAUUGGUGCCAUAACAUCAUCAGUUUUUAGGGCAAUUUUCAACUGA